AUGGGUCGAACAAUCCUCAUCACAGGAGCCAACCGUGGUUUGGGAUAUGAACUUGCAAGACAAUUGUCAGAAUCAGCCACCGUCAUUGGGACGGCCAGAAAUCCUUCUGAGGCACAUCAACUCCGGGGGCUGAAGAAUGUGCACAUCGUGGGCAUGGAUAUCUCAUCGGAGGGCUCAAUAACAUCUGCUUUGGAGGAAGUCAAGAAACUUGCCCCUAACGGUAUUGAUGAGCUUUGGAACAAUGCCGCCCGCAAUGCAGUCAAAGGCCCUAUCACCGAGGAGAUUGAUACCAAGGAAUGGCUGGCUGAGUUCCAGACCAAUGUCAUUGGGCAAUCAAUCGUGACUCGGCUGGCUCUGCCCCUCUUACGAAAAGGUCAAAAUGCGAAGGUGAUUUUUAUGUCUUCUGGAUGUGGUUCUGUCACCGAACGAACUGGUGAUGAUACUUUAGUGGUGUACUCAGCCUCGAAAGCAGCACUGGACAUGACAGUCAAGUACUGGCAUACUGCACUCAAAAAGGAAGACAUUGCAGUAACGGCGAUGGACCCCGGCUGGGUUCUUACUGACAUGGGCGGACCCGACGCUCGAAUCGAGCCUGAGGUUUCGAUAGCAGGGAUGAUAAAAGUCGUCAAGGAGCUGACACCUGCUUCGGAGCCAAAAUUGCGAGUCUAUGAUGGCUCUGUGCAUUCUUGGUAG